GCACUGUCAGUCCUCCUCAGUUUCGCUCGGCUGUCCGUGCAACGGAGUUGACGCUCCUCGUCAGAUCUGCCGCACGUCCGCCCGCGAUCAUCCCCUUUCGCGCGCGCGAGAGAGAAGGAGGGCCGCCGCGCGUGUCGAUCGUCGCCGCGCCGCGCGCGACCGGCCGCUCGAUCGGCGCCGCGACGCGCCGGAGACACGCCUGUCGCCGACAGGAAACGGACGGUGGACUCUGGUCGCGUGACUUCCUGGUGACAAGCGCGUUUCGGAGAGGGCCCGUCGGCCCUCUCGUCCCGCCUUGCCGAUGCCGAUCUCUUUGCGCCCCGACGGAGCCGGGGGAUCAUCAAGCGGAACGUGUGAAGGAGGGUGAAAUUGAAUCGCGGCUCGACUACUCGAUUUGCGUCUCCCCCCCCCGGGGGAGGAGUGGCGGGGAGAAGUAAAACACACGUUGAUUACUUCGAACGGCAACGUGAGCGAUGAUCAGCGAGUGACUUUGCCGGGAGUAGUAGUAUACGAUAAGACGACGGGAAAACGUGGGGGUGAGACAAGGAUCUGGAGGGAUGCACGUAUCACGCCCCGCCGGCGCUUUUCAAUUACGCGAAUCUAGAUCACGAAGCUGUUAGCGAAUUAAGCGGGCUCGAGAGAGCGGGACUAUGCGGGCUGAGUGCGAGAUGGAAAGAGGGAAAUAAUAACGAUCGCACGCCGUCGUCGUCGUCGUCGUCGUCGUCGUCGUCGUCGCGAGAUGAGAAAUCGUGCUGCGGGAAUAGCAGCACUCGAAGCAGCGGAUCGUCCGAGGCAGACGUAACGGAUGUCCCAUGGAGCGUGCAGGAGGCGACGAGAAAAACCGGCGACCGUCGAUUUGUCCGCCGAUAAGCUCGCCCUGAUUCCGCCACCCGGCGCACGUUGCCGUUGCCAAUUUUCGCCGUGCAAAGUACGAAAUUCGCGGGUCGUUUUACAGGCCUGCGAGCAAUCGCUCACCCACUCCCUUUCCCUCUCCCCCCCCCCCCCUCGAUCUCCCCGAACCCCGAGGAUCGAUCGGAGAUCGGAGCGCACGAGGAAGAAAUUGACCGGCAUCGCCUCCGAGAAAACGACUAUGAGAGAUAAAAAAUGAGGUGUCUAAUCUUGACCCUUGGUCUGCUGGUUUCGGUGCAAGGACCCACCCGUUGCACGGCCGAUCACAGGACACACGAGAAUCGUGCAUCGGAGCCGCUCGAUCGAGGGCCGUACUUUGAUGUCUCGGUCUCUCGCAACGUGACAGCCCUCGUCGGGAAAACGGCGACGCUGAAUUGCCGAGUACGAAAUUUAGGCGACCGAACGGUGUCGUGGGUGAGACACAGGGACAUCCAUCUUCUCACCGUGGGCGUCGAGACGUACACGUCGGACCAGAGAUUCGUCGCGUCGCAUUUUCCUCACACGGAGGACUGGACGCUACAAGUGAAAUACCCUCAACGACGGGAUUCCGGCACAUACGAGUGUCAAGUGUCGACGACGCCGCCCAUAGGUCAUUCCAUGCACCUCUCCGUCGUCGAGCCUGUGACGUCGAUCGUCGGAGAACCGGAAAUGUACAUAAACAAGGAUAGCACUAUGAACUUGACCUGCGUCGUACGGCACAGUCCCGAACCACCCCUAACCAUUUAUUGGACUCACGAUCAUGAGGUGAUCAAUUAUGACAGUCCGAGAGGCGGAGUAUCAGUUAUCACGGAGAAGGGCGAGGUAACGACGUCAUACCUUUUAAUUCAACGUGCUCAACCGGCGGACAGCGGACAAUACACCUGCCAUCCCAGUAACGCUAACACAAAGACAGUCUUAGUUCACGUACUUAAUGGGGAACAUCCAGCUGCGAUGCAGCACGGCGGGCAGCUCAGAUUAGCCAAUUUACCUUUUGUAAUGAUCUCGACGACGCUUUUGACCUUCCUGAAUCAUCCUUACUAGACGUAGAGCUGGACCAUUGUAAAUGUUAGAUUUGGAUAUAUUUCUUUCGAUUUUUCUUUCGCACUUGAUCAUUCCAUUUUCCUCGAGAAAGAGAGAAGACUACCUAUCUAACCUACCUACCUACCUACCGCUCUGAAUUCUCACUCAACGCAGCUCGUCUGAAUAAACGAUCGAUUAAAUAAACUGCACAAGUUCGAGACUCUUUCUACGCGAUAACGUGAUUUACAUUGUAUGUACACUUAUUGUUUGGGUAUGUUGUUAUCAAAGACUGCUACUAGCGUCGUUCCCUAUGAUUUAUUGUGUCAUCAAAUAUUUUUAAAUGGAAAAUAGUGUUUUAUAUAAGUAACACAGUCCUCAAUCAAACUAGUCUUUAUACCUUGUGAGAAUAUUCGUAAAUAUUCUUUAUGGACUGUAAACUUCGCCUCCGUAUUGUCUGCAUCAAUAAGCGUAUCUCGCAAAAGUCUGCAGGCGAAUGUAAUGGACGUGAGAGAGGAUCGUACUUUGGAACGAAAAAAAAAAAUCAUAACGUAAUAAAAGAUAUAUAAGAAUAAAAUCGAUAGCGAUGUACCGAAACACAAAAGCGACAGAACGGUCUCGUGUGGCA